CAGGCUUGUGCACGCUUGUCGCCUAUCCCGCUAUUAUCAUUCUUCUUCUCCUCCUCCUGUCGGAGCAUCUGCGUUGUCUCCUCUCACUCGGGCACUUGAUUCUUGCCUCUCUCAAUCUCGUCUUCUGUCGAGUCCAUGUGGAACCUGAACUUACUGCUUGUGCUGGUACUAAUGUCCUUCCACGUCUGACAUUCCUGCAUAUUUAGUUGUCUCGACGUUUAUCCAUAGAAACUACAUGCUUUGAAGGUUGGAGGGCUUCUUGACAUUGUAGCGCGUCCUGCUAUCAUCAGUCAAAGAGUGUAUGCUGAAGCUGUGUAUUGCAGCCGACUAUGCGCAUAAUUAAAAGCUGCAAGGGAGCAUGUUGUCGGAGUUGUAAUAUGUCUAUGUUCUCUGCAGAUACUUCUAAGCCCUUGGGAUAAGAAAACUUAGCAAGGCCUUUCCCACAUUACAGCUGUGCCAUUGCCAGUCUGCAUUCUUCAGUAGUAGACCAGUGAGUGAAGCUGCCUGAGGGUUUGUAGCUGGCAUGGAUAGGCCAAACGCGGGUAAACCACAGGAUAAGUUCUGGGAAAAAGUUGAUAAAGUAAUAUCGAAUGAAGGUGAAGGACCUCGAAUGAAAGUAAUACCUGAGAAUGUUCAGCCAUCUCUUCCUGAAGGCACGCGUAAUGUACCACCGGUAGAGGUCAAUUCCUGUGGAGACAAUCCAGUGCAAGAUGAGCCCGAUCUGGUUGCUGAAGACCGUGAAGCUAAUAAUAUUAUGCUUGAGCAAACCGAUCAUUUUGAUCCAAUGCGGAUUGAUCCAGAUCCCAACAGUGAAGACAAUGGGGACAAUGCUUCAGUUCAACCUUCUUCUGCUCCGAACUCUUUUGCAAGGGAAAUUAUAUGGUGUGAGAUGUUAGCACCCAAAUUAGUUGGUCGAGAACGGAUUGUGGAUGAGCUCUGGGAUUACUUAAUGACAAACGAUAUAUUAUGCAUCGGAGUCUAUGGGAUGGGGGGAGUGGGGAAAACCACAACCAUGAAGCACCUCUAUAAUAAAUUGCAUGACAGUGCUGCCUUUGAGAAUGUAUUAUGGGUCACGGUGUCAAAAGACUGCAGUAUCUACGAGCUUCAAAAUAAGAUUGCCAGAGCCCUCAUGGUUCCUGACCUUUUCAAGGAUGCUGACGAAGAGAUGAGGCCAACAUUGUUGUUCAACCGUUUGAGCAAGAAAAAGAAGUGUCUAGUUAUUUUAGAUGAUAUGUGGCGGCAUUUUGAGCUUGCAGACGUUGGAAUUCCAGUCAAAAGAGAUGGUGUUCGGCUGGUCCUAACAACACGAUAUCGUGAUGUUUGCGAAAAGAUGUCGUGUCAAGCGAAAAUUGGAGUUCAACCUCUGUCUAAUGAAGCAGCAUGGGCAUUGUUUGUACAGACACUUGGUUCUGAUCUACCUCCUAGUCGGAAACUUGUUGCCGAGGAUAUUGUUGAGGGGUGCAAAGGCUUGCCGUCAGCUAUUGUUAUUAUGGCGGAAAGCAUGAGGGGAGAGGUUGAUGAUCUUGUAUGGGAAGCCACGCUGGAAAAUUUGAAACGACCAGGAGUUCUGGAACAGAGCAUGAAAGAGAGUGUUUUCCCGAUUCUGGUGCAUAGUUACAACCGCUUGGAUAAGAAGCAGCAGCUGUGUUUUUCAUUGUGUGCUCUAUAUCCCAAAGAUUGGUCAAUCCCCAGACAAGCAUUGAUAGAACUUUGUAUUGAUGAGGGGGUGAUCCAUGAAGAUAGGAGGUGGAAGAUGUAUAACGAAGGGCACAGAUUAUUAGAUGAACUUGAAAAGGCGUGCCUCUUGGAGGCGUAUGGUGCAGGCAGUGGAAGAGUUAGGAUGCAUGGUGUGAUUCGGGAUAUGGCAUUGCACAUGAUGAACGCGAACAGCGCCCCAUGCAUGGUGAAAUCUGGCUUGGGUUUGGAAGAUGUGCCGGAUGAUGAGGAAUGGUUGCCUAAUCUUCAGAAGGUCUCCUUGAUGAGUAAUCACAUAGAAGCAGUUCGACCCUCCAUAUCACCAAACUGUCCUCAACUUGCAACUCUGUUGUUGAGUGACUGUUCGAGAUUGCGUAAAAUUUCAAAACGUUUCUUUCAGCGGAUGCAGGGGUUGAAGGUUAUUGAUUUGAGAAGUACUAGCAUCACAGAAGUGCCAAAAUCUGUCAUGAACUUGAAGAAAUUGAAUGCACUAGUGCUCAAUAAGUGCCUUAAAUUAUCUCGUAUUCCGUCCUUGGCGAAGUUGACAUCGUUAAGGAAGUUGGACCUCAUGAAGUGUAUAAAUAUUAAAGAAGUACCAAAUGGUUUGGGGAUGUUGGUUAAUCUUACAUAUCUCAGCUUAAGAGAGACGGGGAUUGAAAGGAUUCCAGAUGGAGUGGUCUGCAAGUUAAAGAAGCUUCAACACCUUGAAGCGGAUUAUAUUGCAGUGAAGGGAGAAGAAGUUGGAAAAUUGAGGAAGUUGGAGGCACUCCAAUGUCGUUUUGAAAACGUGAAUGAGCUGAAUGAGUACACGCUGCAUGCAACAACUAUAGAGUCAUACAAUCUCGUCAUAGGAGCUCGUACACAUCUCGACUAUUGGCAUGGUGUAGUUGCAUCCGUUCAUGAUCUAAAUUUUUUUAUUAGCGGCAAAGUUAUUAUUAUGGGUGAAGGAGAGUAUAAGAUAGGAGAAACUUAUCAUCUACCAAGAGACGUGAAGGCAUUGUGGAUUCGGGAGUAUGGGGGGACGUGGAAUAUAUCCAGUUUUACGCAACUUGAAGAACUGGAGGUGCUAUGGAUUAAAGGGUGCGAUGAGGUGUUAACACUGAGUGGGAAUGAUGGGGGACAGCCAGAAGAGCGAGAGGGACAGCUGGAGGAACGAAUUUCUCCACCGCCACCAGGAGACCACUGCCCCAAUCUCAAGGAGCUCCAGAUCUCUGGAUGUCCAAAAUUGGUACAGAUCUCUGCAAUCUGUACCUUAAGAAACUAGAAAAGCUCGAUAUACACCUCUGCAAGGAAUUGGAGAGUAUAAUAGGAGCAGCAACAGACGGAGAAGAAUCACUGACAUCAUCAACGUCACCACUGCCACCCGACGCUUUCUCCCAGCUCCAAUCAGUUAAAAUCAGUGAAUGCCCGAAGAUGAAGAAUGUGGUGGGGCCUGAAUUGCUUCCUCUUCUCCAUAACCUCCAGUGGAUUCAAGUUUUUAAUGCCACCAUAUGGACGAGAUAAUAGUAACGGUAACGCCAUCCCCACCACCAAUUCCUGCAGCCAUGUCUACCCUCUUCCUUCCUCUUCUUACAACGAUUUACGUUGGGUGAUGUCAUAUGAUGAAGAGGGUGCUAACCCUUCUUACAAUGAUUUAUGUUGGGCCAAGACUACUCUUGAACCCUACGUGUUUGUUUAUUUGUCAAACCGAAAAAUUCCUUUUA